AUGGAGGCGGCGGCGGGCGGGCGGGCGCUGCGGUGCCUGCUGGCAGCCCUGGCGCUGCUGUCGGCGCUCAGCGCGGCGGGGACGCUGUUCCUGCUGGCGCAGUGGCGGGAGCUGGGCGCGGCGCUGCGGGAGCUGCAGGCGGAGCGGCCCGCCCCGCACCACGGCUCCCAAAGGGCCCUGCCCGGCCCCGGCCCCGGCCCGGCCGCCCGCAGCAAACGCAGCCGUCGCGGGGAGGGCGUCCGCGGACACGUGCGGGCCGAGAACGAGGAGCUGCUGAUGCUGAUGACCUACUCCAUGGUGCCGGUCCGAGUCCUGGUGGAUUUAUGUAACAGCACAAAAGGGAUAUGCUUAACAGGCCCCCCAGGUCCCCCAGGACCUCCUGGACUUGAUGGACUGCCUGGCUACAAUGGAUCAGAUGGAGUCCCAGGUAUACCAGGACAAAAGGGAGAUCCAGGAAUAAAUGGAAAACGAGGAAAAAUAGGUAUGCCAGGGCCUAAAGGUGAUCAAGGAGAGAAAGGAGAACCUGGAGAAAUGGGUUCACCUGGCAAAGAUGGAAUGCCAGGAGGAAAAGGUUCAAGAGGAGCAAAGGGUGAAAAAGGGGAUGCAAACAACGAUGUGGUAUUAGAAGGUGCAAAAGGGGAACCUGGGCCACCAGGGCCCCCUGGACCACCUGGACCUCCAGGACCUCCAGGAAAACGUAAAGGUAAAGCACAACCUCGGGAGAAGAUAUACAGCAGCAAAUGCACAGGGGAAACCUGUGCUGUACCGAAUGAUGAUACCCAGGCUGGAAAAGCUGAAGACAGAACCCCUGGUCCUUCAAAAAAACCUGAAUGUGUCAUAACCUCUGUAGGAAGCCCUGUGCACUUUGUCAGUGUACAGCAAACGUUUGGAACUUGGAUGAGGGAACCUGCAAAUAUAAGCGAUGAAAGGAUUUGGCUCACCCUGCAUUUUUCAGGAAACUCUAUAAAAGAAUAUGGGAAUUCCAAUGCCUUGCUGAAUGACACCUACAGGAUCAUUAAUAUCACAGGAUUCUUUUAUGGAUGUGGUCAUGCCGUACAAAACAAUCACCUGUACUAUCAAAAAGGAGGAACCAAUGUCAUUCUGAGAUUUGGGCUUGACACAGCAUCGUUGGGCACACUGCUCAUUGAAAAUGCCUUAUAUCAUGGUCGUAACUACCUCUUUUCUAACUCAAAGACAUAUUUCAACAUAGCAGUGGAUGAGAAAGGUCUUUGGAUCAUUUAUGCCUCGAGCACUGACGAAAAUAUAAUAGUAGCACAUAUUGAUGAGGAAAGCUUUUCAGUCACUCGGCAUAUCAAUACUACCUAUCCCAAGUCCAAGGCUGGUAACGCAUUCAUAGCAUGUGGCAUUAUGUAUGUUACUGAUACCAAGGAUAUGACAGUAAGUUUUGCUUUUGAUUUAUUGAAAGAGAAGCAGGUUGAUGCAAGGUUUGAGUUACGGUCUUCACAGUCAGUUCUUGCUAUGCUUUCAUACAGUCUCAGAGAUAAGAAUUUGUAUACCUGGGAGAACGGGAGCUUAAUGAUAUACCCUGUACAUUUUGGCAGAUGAAUAUAUUUCAGUGUUGUGUGUGGGAGCCAUGUUUGACUACACAGAGUAUUUAAAGCUGUAUGAUACACUCAUGGGAGUCUCUUCACUCACUAUAACUUUC